UAAAGACAAUAGUCAGGAGCCGAAAAUGAAUAUUCCGUCUAUGUCCUUUUUACCACUCUUCUGGAGCAUUGUAUUUUGUCAACGUAACAAGCAAUACCACAAUUUACACAUCAACAUAUUAGCUUUAAAUGCAUUUACUGGACACUCUGUGGUAUUUCCAAACGAGAAAGUUUCCUGUACGAACAUAUUUGGAUAUAAAUUAAUUUUUUUCUUACAUCCAGAAUCUGCAAAGGAAGUGUUAAGAAGCAACAGUUUAAUCAAUAAGGAUUCUUUUUACAAUUUUUUUAAGCCACUUCUCGGAGACAACAGUCUUCUGUACAGUCCUGACGAUAACUGGAGAAAAAGAAGAAAAUAUUUAGCUCCACAUUUUCAUCUUCGAAAUGUGAAAGAUGAUCAAAAUGUAUUUAUGGAGCAUUCAAACGUCUUAGUGGAAAAACUCAAACAAUUGCAGGAAAAUGAAAUAUUCGAUGUCCUAAAAUGGAUGAAAAAUUGCACUCUCGAUAUUAUUGCAGAUAUAGCAGUAGGAGUUUCUCUACAUUCUCAGACUAACGACAAUCAAGAAUAUGUGUCCGCAAUGCACAGAAUUCUGAAAUAUUUUCCUGAAUGGAUGGUAAAUCCAAUGUACUGGUUUUCUCCAGUUUUCUUCAUGAAUAAAAUAGGAAGAAAUUACAAGAGAGAUAUUGAAAUAAUUCAUCGUUUCGACGAAAAGCUGUUUAAGAGAAAAAAAGAAAACUUUGUAAAAAAAAAUGCAGCAGCAACAUUCCUUAGACAAUGGAACACGUAUAGAAGAGGAACCAAAGAUGAAAACAAAACAACGUCUUAUCGAUUCACUGUUGAAUCUUCACGUAAAACAAGGUUUAAUGUCUGAAGAAGACGUUAUAAGAGAUAUGGAAGGUUUUAUUUUCGCGGUAAACACAAUUUACUGAAGGUCUAAACGAAAAUAAGUAUAUAAU